GAGUCGAUUGGGCUAUAUAAACCAAGACUGUCACCCAUCAGUUUCCGUCUCUUCUCCUAUCUCCUCUGACUAUCAUCUCAAAGUAUCAUAGUGACUCUCGAAAUCUCACCAGUAAAGGAUACUUAUUGUAUCACAGAUUACAACCUCAAUCAUGUGCCUAACAACUGGCAAUUCCUCGUCUACUGAGCGGGCCACCUUGAGCGCCGCUGCCAGAGCUGUGGUGCCGAACCAUCCCGCUGCCCAAGAGGCCCUCGAAGUUGCUCUCAAGUCGCUUUCGCCAUCUCUCUUCAACCACAGCCUCCGCCUGUACAUCUACGCCCAAGCGCUGCUCAACUCGUCGUCAGCUGGGCUGCCCGGUUCCUUUGAAGCCUUCAAGGGGGUUUCAGUUGAGCCUCACGUUCUCUUCGUUGCUUGUAUCUACCAUGAUCUAAGCACAGUGGAGAAGUAUGACGGCAAUCCCAAGCGCUUUGAGAUUGUUUCCGCCGAUGAAGCAGUGCAACUACUACUUAAGCACGGCGAAAGCGAAUCGGUCGCCAGGGAAGCCUGGCUCGCCAUGUCACUACACACCACACCCCAUAUUCCGGAGAAUCUUGGAGGAGCCGUACAGGCACUCCGGCUGGGAAUAAGGACCGAGUUCCGGUGGUACGAGCUGGCGAAAGAGGCGCUCACAGAGGAGCAGUGGAGGGUUGUCAAGGAAGACUUGCCUCGUCUUGAGAUUGAGAAAGAUCUAUCUGAUGCAGUUGUUCGACAGGCGUUGGCGACUGAGGAAAAGGCACCAAUAAUGACAUGGGCAGGAGAGCUGUUGAAGUGGAAGAAGGCGAACCCUGAUUACCAGGGCACCAACCAAGCAUUUUGAGUUGAGGACGGCUGUAGACGAUUUGUGAAUAGUUGAGAGCAAUUACGGCGUACAUAGUAUAAUUAAAGAAAACUUCGGGUACCUGCAU